AUGGCAUUAUCAGAGGACAAUGGGAGUGUGACUAGAGAGAGGGCUGGAACAGCUCUGACUCUCCUCCCGCCCGCAGACACUGUCUGGGGAGAACCCGACCCCCUCCUGGGCUGCCACAGCAUCUCUCGGCGGUCACCGGCCAGCGCUGUCCUUCUCAGUCUCCUGCCGCUCUUUUGGGACUCAUCAGGACUGAGGGUACAGAGCGCGCCUACAUCGGCCCCUGCUUCUUUUCUGGAAAAGAUCACGUCUCCAACGCCAGUGGCCUCCUGGACGAGCUCCCCACAAAGCCCUGCAGCCCCCCAUACGAGCGGCAAGCCCAGCAGCGCGGCGCUCCCGGUUACAGUGGCAUUGGCGCAGACGGCUCUGCCCCCCAAGAAUGUUUCCAUAGAGCCCACAGGGCAGGAGGCCACUUUGACUUGGGAAGGCACAAACGCAGGUGCCUUGUCAACGAGCAGGGAGGGCCACUUAACACCCACGCCCGGGGAGCACAGCCCAGGCACGCCAGAGGCGAGUGUGCCAGCCACAGGGCCCAAGUCCCCCGCAGAGCCUCCUGCACUCACCUCCCCGCAGGCUCCAGCCUCACCACCCCCAGGCCUGUCCACCGCACCACCCCCAGGCCUACCAACCUCACCACCCCCAGGCCUGUCAACCUCAGCACCCCCAGGCCUACCGACCUCACCACCCCCAGCCCCGUCGACCGCACCACCAGAGGUUUCUUCUGUCUCUGACAACACCAACCACAACUCCACUGAGACCAGCACCAAGACCACAGGAGCCCCAGCCACACCAGAGUCCCCAGCACAGGAGCACAGCUCUGGCCGCACCCCCACUUCACAUACCACGUGGGAGCUGGUGCCCAUGGAGACAACGCCCCAAACAACCGUGCCAGCCAAAGCCACGUGUGUUCUGGUAGACAGGGAGACCACCACGGCCUCCCCCAGGGUCGUCAUGCGGGAAGUGGAGCAUGCUCUAAGCUCAGGCAGCAUCGCCGCCAUCACGGUGACCGUCAUCGCCACGGUGCUGCUGGUGUUCGGAGUCGCAGCGUAUCUGAAGAUCAGGCACUCCUCCUACGGAAGGCUCCUGGAUGAUCACGACUACGGCUCCUGGGGAAACUACAACAACCCUCUGUAUGACGACUCCUAACAGAGGAACGUGGCCUGGGAGGAGGGAUAACUGCUCUUUAUUUAUAAGUGCUUAUCCAGUAGAAUUAAUUACAAGUACCUGAAGCGCAUUGAGCGACAAUCUUAAGCCCUGUUUUAUUGGUUUGGUUGUUUCAUUUUCCUCUCUCUCCUUUGGCUGCUACAACUUCCCCUUUCUGGUACAAAAAGAACCAUUAUUUAAAGGUGUGUAGAGGCUGAUUUGCAGCUGAAAUGGGCCAACCUUGAGCGAGGGGCCAGACCACCAGGACCCAAGACAGAGGCUUCUGCACCCACCACGGGCCCCACUGCAAGGACUGAGGACGAGCAAUCCAGCCAGUUGCUUUGUUAGGGGUUACUUUUCGGGGAACUUUUUGUUCACGGUGUUUCUUAAACUUUUAUUUAGAAAAUUGCAUUCAAUCUCAAUCAUUGGAAAGGAAAUGAGUGCUGGGAGGAUCUCACUCUGCAGGUAAGGAAGCAGGGAUUUCUCAGAUUCUUUUUUAAUCUCUGCUUACCUGGCUGUGUCUGACAGGACCCCUGUUUGGCUCUGCAAGCUGCACCCCAGCUUCUUAGCGGCCUAAUUCAUGAAAGAGGAAACUGGAAAGUGCCCCAGAGGAGGUCCGCAGGCACAGCGGCAGAGUUGCAGGUUGCUGUCAGAUCUCAGCAUCCCUUCUACCUGUCCUCCCCUCCAGGCCACCUGUCUCCGCUAAGGGUGCCUGUCCUAGUGAACAGCAGCUGGGAUCCCAGCCCACGAGCAAGCUGGCAGUGGAGCUGCGGUUCCACGGGCGAAGGCUACGAGAUGAGCUUACUUAGGCAAGAGAAAGCAAGAGGCCUGCGGAGUGUACAGUGGGGAGAGCGGGGGACAGUGGGGGAAGGAGGGAGCUGACGUGCACUGAGAACCUCAUUAGGUGAAGUGGGAAUCAGCUCUCAGUAACUGUCAGAGGCAUCCACUGCUUGGAGGAGCCCAUAGAUUCCUUGCUUUAUACCCACAAAGCAACUGGUUCUCUGCCAACUGUCUGUUGGAUAAUGGCUAUAAACUGUUUAUUAAAAAAAUAUUUUAAGAGAAUAUCUGCAGUUGCUCAGUGAGGCAUUUCCAUAGAAAACAGACAUGGUAAUUAAUCCAUUUAUUAUCCCCAUACACUUACCUUACUAAUUCUACCCUCUAAUAAAUCACAACCCCUGAGUAGAUAGUCUUAAGAUCCUGCAUAACAAAUCUGAGAAGAACUGAUCAUUUUUGCAGGUAUUGAUUUAUUGCAGGGGUUCUCAACCAGCAGGUGGUUUUGCACCUCUCCCUGGGAGGUGGGGGAGACGUAUGAAGAUAUCUGGUGACAUUUUUUUAUUGUGCUACUAGUGAGUAGAGGCCAUGGAUGCCCUAAACAUUCUGCAAUGCACAGAAGAGCCCGCCACAACAAAGAAUUAUCUGGCCAAAAGUGUCGGUAGUGCUGAGUUUGAGAAUCCCUAAUUUAUUGCAGUGCCCAUUGUGACAGAAAAGGACACUCUCAGAUUUUAAAUGAAAUAAAAUGAUUUGUUCAAUUUUUAUCUCAAAAGUGUUUAAUUUGUUAGCUGAUGGGUUGUUUGGGACACACUGGUUGCCUUUUUAUUUCUUUGUGUGUUCUAGAUAGCUUUAUUUCAUGGCUGUAACUCUGUCCUUCUACAACAUCUGAUUUUAGCAACAGGCAUCUGCUGUCCUGGUUUCAUGGAGGAGAAAAUAUACUUUGGGUCCCAUUCCAAAAUGUGUAUAUUGUCUAACAGUGUCAUUAAGAACUUGACACUGGUCAGUUUUUAUUUCUAAACGUAGGCCUGCUGCCACGACUCUGUUAGUUUCCAGAAACUUGACCCUCAGCUCCUCCUGUCACUUGCUGUGACCAGCAAUGUGCUGGCAUGUAAACCACCAGUGCCGGUCUGUCCUAAACCCCUCUGGUGUCAGACACCAGAAUCCGGGCCAUGUCCACAAACCUGCCAUCCCACACUCUGAAGAGAAUUUAUUCCUAAGUUCCUUACGCCCCAAAAGAGAGUGAGCAACCUCUAGAGGAAUUUUACAAAAGAGGUAGGUAAUGAGGACUGGAAUCCUGACAUCUCUGAUUAUUUAAAACAUCAAAAAAAAUUGUUUAAAGUGGACAUGCUCAGAAAAAUGGCCAGGAAUGGCCGAUACCCCUCCAGCACCACUUGGCCUGAGUAACUGUCCCUCUUCCCUACCCUCACUCCCUGCAAAGGCUUUCAGUUGGGCAAAGGAUGAUUCAAUAAAAACAGAACAUUCCACAUUUUUUAUCCCUCAGUCAAAAGCAUUCUGACAAAGUGUCCAUGAAACACCUCACAGAGGUGCACUUCUGGACACCGCUUCUGUCAUAAACACUGAUCGGAGGAGCCAGCCUCUUGCCAAGGAGUCCUGACCGAUACAAGCCAUGGGCUCGGCAGCAUCUUUCCUUACCGAAGGCUGCGAUUGUGCGAGAGCAGCUGAUGCAUUUGUGGUUCUUAUUAACUUCCACAUCCUUAUGGAAAACAGAAGAAUCUGGACCUACAGCAGAUCUCAGCCUGCAGGCAGUUUCAUAUCUCUCCCCAAGGGGACAGCUUCCUAUAAAAACUCUCACACUCCUUGUUGUUAGUAUAAAAUACCAAUGGGAUGAACCUUACUUUGCCAAUGCAUUUUUUUUUCUAAUUUUGAGUUGGCCAAAGGAUUUUAGCAGCUGAAUCCAACAAACUUGCUACACACACACACACACACACACACACACACACACACACACGACCUUUACCUCAGGGAGAGUGUGUCCAGCUCUGCCCAAGGGAAGUGGCUCCAUCAGAUCUAAACAACCACAUACCACCCAGGGAUGGGACUUCUCAAGGCAUUGGAGGGAUGUCGGAGCAGGAGGGAGGCCAGCAGCCUCUUCUAGGCUACAGCAUGCACAUGAUGAAAUAAUGAGACUCAACUUUGUUUUCUUUACUUGUGGCCCCAAUGAAGUCCCCAGCUCUCUUUGGAUGUCUGCGUCGUCAUUGCUUAAAUGGGGGGUGAUGCUUUCCUGCUGACCUCACCCCAUGCUACCUCACAAAUGUGUUGUGAGGACUAAUGAAAUCAUGUCUACAGUGUUUUUGGUUUCUGCAGAAGAGUAUUUAUAGACACUUUCAGUAUUUUACGUAUUACAUAGGUAUAUAAGUGAUCUCAGUUUCUUGUUUGCUGUUAUACUGGUGUGUUGUUUUACUUAAAUCUAUAAAGUGACAGCUGUGUUGCAGCCACGUCAGGCAGCUGUUACGGCUCCAGGCUGCCCCGUGCAGCGGACUGACUGAGGGCUAACCACGCCUGGAAACAAAGGUUAGUUUCCAUCUGCAAAUGAAGGAUGGCGGAGACACAGGGCUCACAGGCUGUUGAGUUAGGGUCCAGGGGGUUAAGGUACCGCCAACAGCAGUAGACCUCUGGCCUUUACCGUCCUGGGGUCGUCUGGGUUCUUUGUGGGGUUGAUAUUGGUUUGAUAUCAUCUGUUUCCCCUUCAUCUUGCUUGCAAGGGUGCAUGGUUGAAUCCCUUGCAUCUCGGAAAUGAAUUUUGCAACUGGGCUAGAUGCUAAUUUGCACGUUGAUUCACCUUCUUUGCCUUUAACCUCUUUUUGGCAAAUGAAUGUACCAUUUCAACUUUGAUUUUAAAGUACUAGUUGAUAUUGGUAAUAGUGCUAACCAAGAGACCAAUGCCAGAUUGCUCUCUCGGGGUGAGCUAGCCAACAUCAUUUAAAGAUGGAAAGACCUGCAACUUCUUUGAUAUUUAAUGUAAUUGUAUCUACAUUUGUUGUAAGACUUAUUGUAUACCAAUGAUAUCAAUUAAAGGUGUUAAAAAGUUGUGUCUGACA